AUGUAUAAUAAUCAGAGCGUCAUUGAAUUCGUUGUGGUUGGGUUCGCCAGCAUCGCUCCUUACCACACGUUACUUUUUAUAGUAUUUCUUUUCCUCUAUAUUAUUAUCACUAGCGGUAACGGAAUUACCUUUGUCGUCAUCGUUUUGAAUGACCGCCUUCACAUACCUAUGUACCUUUUCAUAGGUGCAUUAUCCAUUGUGGAGAUUUGUAUUGUCACAACAGUUUAUCCGACCACUUUUACCCUUUUCCUCAAGGGACGGGCAAACAUUAGUUUACAUUUUUGUUUAUUGCAAAUGUAUGCUUUUGAUGCCUUCUUAAUAACAGAGAAUUUCCUUCUGAGUAUUAUGGCUUACGAUCGCUAUCUAGCUGUUUGUAUGGCUCUUCGAUAUCACUCUAUAAUGACUUCAAAAUUAUGCAAGAUAUUCAUAUGUCUAUGUUGGCUUCUCGGUAUGCUUAGCCCAUUGGCCAUGAUCAGCAUGGUGUAUAGAUUACCUUUCUGUGGGCCCAAUGAAAUUGAGCAUCUCUUCUGCGACUCUUCGCCAUUGUUAACCCUUGCUUGUGCCAAUAGUAACCUUGACGUCACAAUGGACCUAACCGUCACCUCCUUCUCGAUCAUCCUUAAUUCUAUCAUCACUGUUAUAAUAUACACAAACAUCUUAGUCACAAUAUUUAAAAUGAAAACGUCAGAGGAACGUCGAAAAGCCUUCUCCACCUGCUUGUCCCAUCUUCUAAUGUCCCUUUUUUUCUACGGAAGUGCCGCCUUCAUGUACAUGAAUCUUCAGUCAACCUAUUCUCCUGCAUACGAUUUAGCUGCAUCGAUACAUCAUUCUGUGUUUACUCCACUUUUGAGUCCACUUGUCUACAGUUUUCGGAACAAAGAGAUCAAAAACUUUUUGAAGAAACAACUUCUGCCCAAAACUCUAUUGAUACGUAGGUUGAACAAGACACUUGGAAACAAAUGUUGAUGUAAAUGAUGUGCUUUAUUUUAUUUUGUGGUAACAAAAUAAUAAAGACUAGAGAUCACACAGUGGAUUUGAUUGUCUUUUAAUUUAUAGUCUUGUCUGUUUAUUAUUGUCAAAUAACUUAUAGAGUUGAACUUUUUUAACUUGUAGAAUUUCAAAUCUGCACCUGAAUUGACUUAGAUUCGGUUUUCGUCACAAUCAAGAAAUCCAUUUUGAUACAAAAAUAUAAUUUAUAGAUUGAUAGUACCUCUAACUUAUAGAUGCAAACUUAAUAUUUAUUAGUUAAUCAAAAGACACAGAUACUGGCACUGGCGGUUUUCUUUAUGAGG